AUGGAUUGCUUUAAUGGAAAAGUCUUGCCAUCAGUAGUCUUAACACCAGAGAUGGUUCCAUCUAAUGGAACGACUUUGACACCGGAGAUGGGUUCUUCCAACCAAACAGGUGUAACUGUCGAAUAUCAAGGACCAAAGAUGGAUUGCUUCAACCGGAUGGUCUUGUCGCAUUGGGAAGCCUUCUCAGGUGCAAUUGAAGAUGAAGUUUCUGGACUCGAGCCAAUAAGAGCCGAUGGCUCUAGUUUGAACCUAGCGACCCUGGUGGCCAUUGCGAGAUACCGUCGCAAAAUUUCACUUAGCGAAGGAGCAACCGGCAAGAUGAAGAAAAGUGCAGAGGCUUUGCAAAAACGGAUUCAAGACGGCGAGUCAAUUUAUGGUGUAAACACUGGUUUUGGUGGAAGCGCCGAUGUUCGACCAAAGAACGUCUCCGAAGUAUCUGCAAGCUUAUUUCGAAUGCUCCAUUACGGAGUUGUCUCUGGUCCUCUAGACAGUCGUCAUGUUGAAGGGUUAGCAACAAACAAUUUAGUGAGCGACAUUGAAUCGAGGGCAUCUACAGUUAUGAAACUGGCAACGCUGGCUAUUCCUUUGUCUGAUCCCGUUUGCUCAACCACAAUGCCAGAGAGCUGGGUUCGUGGAGCAAUGGCCAUUCGCGCCAAUACGCUUGCCAAGGGAGCCUCUGCAAUUCGACCAGUCAUUGUUCAAUCUUUGUUUGAUCUUUUAAAUAAGGAAAUUAUUCCAGCGGUGCCACUUAGGGGAAGCAUAUCUGCUUCCGGUGACCUUAGUCCGUUGUCAUACAUUGGUGGAGCAUUGGAAGGAAAGCCGGCAAUUCAGGUUUAUGUUGGUUUUGAUCGAAACCGUGUUUCAGCAGACAAAGCAUUAUUGCAGGCUGACAUCCCCCCCGCAGUCUUCCAACCUAAAGAGGGAUUGUCGUUGGUCAAUGGAACAGCAGUAACAACAGCCGUUGCAUCUCUAGCCAUGCAUGAAGCCAUUAUGCAAACUCUGCUUUCACAAAUCCUUACUGCUAUGUCUGUUGAAGCGCUUUCUGGUACGGACGAGAGCUUUAAUCCUUUUUUUGCUGAGGUUAGACCCCAUAGAGGUCAAACGGUAUCGGCAAAAAACAUCUACUCAUUCUUGGCUGGCUCCAAGUUGACAAAGGGAAAUGAUACCCAAGAGUUUCAUCUACGUCAAGAUCGAUAUUCUAUUAGAACUGCAUCACAGUGGAUUGGCCCAUCACUAGAAGACCUUUUGCUAUCCUAUGAGCAAGUAUCAAUUGAAUUAAACUCAACCACUGAUAAUCCCCUUGUUAGUGAUGACGGAAAGAUGCAUCAUCGUGGGAAUUUCCAAGCGAAGUCCAUCACAAGUGCCGUGGAGAAGAUCCGACAAGCCUGCCAAUCAAUUGGUCAAAUGUUAUUUGCACAAUGCACCGAGUUGAUAAAUCCAGCAACAAACAACGGCCUCCCUCCUAAUCUGGUAGCAGAUGAGCCAAGCGAAUCCUGGAUGUUUAAAGGUAUUGAUAUUAUGAUUGCGGCACUGCAAUCUGAGCUUGGUUUCCUGUCUAACCCCGUUGGAUCACAUGUUCAGACUGCUGAAAUGGGGAAUCAAGCUUUAAAUUCUCUAGGACUGAUCUCGAGUAGAUACACGCUAUCGGCCUUGGAAGUUUUGACACAGCUUUCCGCGGCGUAUUUAGUGACCGUAUGCCAAGCUUUAGAUCUUAGAGGAAUACAGUAUUUAUUCUUCAUGAAUUUGAGGCCUCAGUUUGAGAACUCUUUCAAUCAGAGCCUUGGAGAAUAUACUCGGGAAAGCCAUGGUCAAUGGGACGAUGCCAUGGAGACGAAGGAACCUUCCGAAUUACAACUGCUCCUCUGGGAUAGACUGACAACAAUUCUGAACUGGAGCUCAAUAAUGGACUCGACCACGCGCUUUGAACAUGCACUUCAAUCGCUUCAGGCAGUCAUUCUCGACAAGUUGGAGCCCAGUCUAGAUAUGUUGCAAGCUUUGAAAGACUGGACGAAAGUAUCCUCGAAGCAAAUGAUUGACACUCACAAAGUGUCAAGGAGACAAUAUUCUGAAUCCAUCGGGGUUGCCAAGUUCUUUUUGGGCAAAGCUGGUGAGCGGAUGUAUUGUUAUGUACGCAAUGAGCUUCAUAUACCUUUCGUUGACGAGGAAUACCUCAAGUCUUCGGAAUGGUUAUCCGAUAAGCCUAACUCGUAUCAAUCCAUCGGCAGUAUGGUAACGGCGGUAUAUGAGAGCAUGAGAUCGGGUGAGCUAUAUUCAAUUGCUAUCGAGUGCUUGAAAGAUGUAGAAGGAGGAAGAAAUAAUAAAUCGAAUGUAUAA